GUUUUGUAUGAAGAAUCUGUUGAACUUUGAAGCAACUCGUCAAUAAUUGUUGGUACCAAGAAAAAGGGGUCGUCUACAGGGACGGACGAUCAGUUCACCGCAAUCUUCUGAAACUAGGGGAAGGGAAGAUGGUGGGCGCCCACGUGUCGAUGGAGGUAGCGAAGACGGUCUUGGAGGUGGCUGACGUCGCCUGGACCGCCAUAGAACGAUGCCAUCGCCACGAGAACACCAUCAAGGAAAACGGAGGACACGAUGAUUCCGAAACCCUAAAAUCGGAAAACCAACGUCUUCGCCAAUUGCUCGAGAAAAACCUCAACUUCCUCCAAGAGAUCUCGGCCUCGCCUCACUUGCUGGAAAAUUGCCCAUCCGAUCUUCAUGAUCGUCUCAUGGAUGCAGUUACUUCCGAAAGCUUCCUGAAUAAACUCGAAACCCUCCAUCAAAAACCUACUUGCACCUUCCCGUUCGAUGCGCCCUCAGGUGGGGAUAUGGAGAAUGCAGAAAUCUUGAUUAAGGUUGAUCAUGAGGACCCGAGUUGGUGGGUGUGGGUAUCCAACGAUAUGGUCUCUAAAAAUAUUGAAGAGAAGAGUGAGAUUGACAAUGAAAACUACGUGAUAGUAAGUGAGGAGCAUGUGGUGGAUGGAGUUGCUACCUUCAUGGCGAGAUGCAUUUUGGCAAAUCCGAAAGCUCUGAGUUUAAGUCCUCCUGAGCUACAAAAAGCCUUGACUAAAGCUCUUGGAGGCAUGAAUAAAGUAGGGAAAAUGAUGAGCAUUUGGCAUGCCGGGAAGAUGUUCUAUACUCUGUCCAUAUGGGGACUUGCUCUGGCCAGUUUGUGCCAAGGUCGUGCUGUAUUGAAGCUCGCCAUGCUCGGUGUCCAUCAUACAAGCAAAGCUGCUUUGAUGAUUCUCUGAAGAUGUGGUUUGUUCUCAUGGCAAUCGUCAGACUGUGAGCCAUCUCCCUGAUCCGAUUGAUGGCUUAUCCUUGUGAGAGUAUUUGCCUGACUUCGAUUGCCAAAUCAAAGACAUGCUUGUCUUCACAUCCUGGAGACCAAAAAUGCCACAAGAUUUUCAGGUAAAUGGAGAAAUUGCACCCUGGAGAUUGAGGUAUGUGGUAAUGAUAAAUGUCGUUAUUACCUAUUUGUUUGAGGGCAUUUUCCAAUUUGAAGAGGUAUUCCAUGUUUGGUCCUGAAGGGCCAUUUGCCUCAUCUAUUUGGCUGCAUGAUGGAAAUCAUUCGACAAUGAAUCAGGCAAAGGUUCUUACAACAGAUGCGUGGAAAAAAGAGCACAUAGGCGGCAAUUUCUUGGAGGAGGGCAGGUCCCAAAUACUUCACAAUAAGCUUCUUGUCUGCGGAUCCUAUGUAUCUGAAACAUCAAGACAGAGAGAUAAAGAUAGCGAGCGACGCAAGGAAUGAACAACUGUCCUAUAAUAAGUACUUACACCAAGACAUUAGAGACAGCAGGUGUGUAGAACCAGGGUCCUGAAAGUAUGUAAGAAAUUUUGAAUGAAAAAUGUGCGGAAAUCCAGUCAGAGAAGGACCAACAGAGAGACAAAAUGCUUACAGUGAAGAAGUCAGACAUAAAACCUUCUUGUCAUACUGCUUCUCCUUUACUUCAAGGUGCUACACAAGAAUUACAUUGCAGGGAAAAGAUUUAUUCUUCUGUGUUGGAAGAAGUAAACCAAAGCAGAUAAUGAAGUACCUCUGGAGCAGUUUGUUGAUCUUCCUUGCUGGUUAUUUUGUAAGCAAUACACAAGACAUGGAAGGAAAUACAUACAGUAAUAUAAUUCACAAGUGGGCCAUUUAGCCAGAUAUGAGGAAAUGCAUCACAACUAAUAAUCAGAAUGAAAUAUUUAUGAAUUAAUUGCAGCAGGAAGAUGAAAGAAAAAAUUAACAUUUGAUUGAAUAGAGAUGGAAAAGAGGCAGCAGGCAGUAGUAGCUGUCAGGCACAUCAAAGAUGUAUAUAUAUAUAUAUAUAUGUCGAGGACUGGUAUAUGACCAUGUGUACAGAUGUCUACAUGUUAUAUUAUUUUUACCCUGUGCGAAUUGUGCUAUUUUGUACAUAACUAUCUGAAAACUUGUUUCCUUGA